AUGGUGGACCCCGCGGUGCCAUACUCUCUGGUGCUGGCCGACGCGGCCGCCGCCAACCCGCUUGCCGCUGGCGGCAACGGCAGCAGCGCCUGCGAGGGCGCUGCUGACUUCGUGAUGGCCGACAACCCAGCCUAUGAACGCGGCUCUGCCCGCCGCGGCGACGAGAACAUGCCGCAGGCUGCUACGGCUGGGGUCAAGCGCUCCAUGGGCGGUCGCUCGCCCGGGGCAACUCCGGAGACGAGGAAGACGAGCAAGGCGCACCGCCGCGAGGCGGCAGCCAAGGCUGCCGCCAAGGCCGCCGCCAAGGAAGCGGACCUCGCCGCUGCCAACGAGGCGACGAUGCUGGAGCUCUCCCGCCUGCGCCCGGCGCGGGCUGCCAAGGCUGCACAGAGCGCCCCGCAGAAGCCCAUGCUGCCUACCGUGGGCUUGACCAUGGGCAUCAAACUGCGCGGCCGCGGGUUCCACAAGGCACCCGCGGGGAAGCACUGCACCAUGGCGGGGCAGGGCGUGCCUGUGAAGAACUCCGACAUCCACAACGGGGUGCUGGGCAUCAAGAACGCCAACGGCACCCCGCUACUGUUCGAGGGGCUCUACAACCGGGGCCCCUCGGGCGAGCUGAUCCUCAAGCAGGCCGCCAACACCCAGUUCCUUGGCCGUCUGGCCAACAAGCUGGGGACGGCCCCAGAGGCGCUCGCCGAGCAGCUCUCGGUGGAGGUGCAUGGCAUCGCCGGCAACCCCUCCAUGGCCGGCACCCGCGCCGUGGUGUACAUCAAGGACCCCGCCCUGCUGUCCACCGUGCCCUUUGUCAAGGCAGCACCCCUGCGGCGGCGGCAGCGGCAGCAAGCCGUGGACCCAAACGCCGUGCCGCCGCCGCCGCAGGCAGCACCCCUGCGACGGCGGCGGCAGCAAGCCGUGGACCGAAACGCCGUGCCGCCGAGUCCCGUGGCUGUGGCCGUGGGCUUCUGGCAGGAAGCUACGGCCGCAGCUCGGGGGCCUCUGUUGAGACACAAGACGCUGGAGGAGCGUCCCGGCAGCCUGUUGCAGCAAGCGCUGUUGUCCAGCGUGCAGCUCGCAGAUGGCGCCCACCCCCUGGCACAGCAGUCCUGGGCUGCCCAGCUGGCGGCCGGUAUCGCAGCGGUCGGCAUGCAGCUGGACCUGCAGCAGCCAGCACCUGUUGACCUCGGCGAGCUGGGGGAAGCUGCGCAGCGCCGCCAGCUGGCGCAGCUCCAGGAGGCGCUGGCGAAGGGCGGCGCCAGCCGGCUGGAGCACUAUGUGCACAACGUGGUGGGCGCCCUCAACCUGGCGCCCGCCAUGUUUGGGCAGCGCGAGACCUACCUGGAUGCUUCACCCGCGGCUAAGAAAGGCCUUCUUUGA